AUGGGUAAUACAGCAACAUCCGAAGCUAAUGACGAGGACGACUUUGCCGAGUUUGAUGGAAUUGAAACCUUGGGAUAUAGAGUAUUGGGUGUGCAGCCAGAGUCUCCAGCGGCAAAGGCUGGUCUUGUCAGUUUCUUUGAUUUUAUAGUGGGAGCGAAUGGGGAAAUGUUGCUUGGAAGUGGUCAAGAAUUGGAGGAAGGGGAGGAAUACGAUGAUAUUGACUUUCCAAUGCUCCUGAAAGAGAACAAGGGAAAGCCUGUUGGUCUGUUGGUUUGGAAUAUCAAGUGUCAGGAAAAGCGAGAAGUGGAGUUGAUACCAAACGACGAUUGGCCGGGUGCUGGUUUACUUGGCGUUACCAUCCGACUGGACAACUACGGUGGAGCGGACGAGCGCCUCAUCAAGGUUCUAUCGGUAGAAGAAAAGUCACCAGCGUCGAUAGCAGGACUGGUACCAAUGCGAGACUUUUUGCUUGGAACCACGAUUGUCUCGUUUGCUUCUACAGAUGUAUUGGCAAAUACGUUGAAUGAAAAUUAUGAGGAGGUGGUCGAAAUCUACGUCUACAAUUCCGAAUCUGAUAUUGUUCGAGUGGUAGCGUUAAUGCCAACGACAAAAUGGAGAAGAGGGGGCGGUAUGCUUGGUGCUGAAGUUGGCACUGGAUAUCUGCAUCGUCUUCCACACAGUUGUCGCACCACCGUUGGGCAAUCGGUCGAACGAAAGGUCCGGGCAGCAGAGGUCCACCAAAAUGAUGACAAGCCACAAAAGGUGCCGGUCAUGGAAUCUCAUUUGGAAAUGGAGAUCGAACAAGGAACCACAGGUCCUGAGAGUAUGGCCAAACAACCUCAUGAACUUGGCACUGUUGAGACGUCGCCGCAAGCACCCACGGAUCAACAUGACACCCGAGGAAAAUUACCAGCGGGUAUUCCACCGCCGCCCAAAGCACAAGGUGCCGAUUCUGCUGCACCAACCACCCCGGCGAAACCUUUUCCACCAGCAAAUAUUGACGAAUCGAUACGAGGAGGGGAACAAAGAGCGAAAUUCGCGGGUUUGCCAACUCCACCCCAAAUGAAGUAUUAA